AAUAUGACAUUUGGCAUUUAACUCUUUCAGAAAACAAACUCUGGCACGUAAACAACUUGUCCAAGUAAAUAAUUAAUUAAUAACGAUUAUCUUUCACACAUAAAUAGAAAUUAUUGACAGAAAUUAUAAUUCAAGCCAAGUCAUAACACAUCCGAAAAAUGAUCAACCUCGAAGACGACGAAGAAGAUAACAUCCCCUUGGCGGACGAUGACCCUCAAGCCAUUCUCCCCGAACCGGACGAUUCCCCCUCACAAUCCGAACAAGCCACGUCGCACGGUCUGACCAGAAGUUUCGACUCGUUCCCUUCCACAUUUACGAACGACAGCUUGUCCAGUGCAGGUAUGGACCCCGAUCUUAGUCAGGAUGAACAGGAGGAAAAAGCUAGUCGAAUAGCGCAGGUUUUGGAACUACAAAAUACUCUUGAUGACUUGUCACAGCGCGUGGAAAAUGUGAAGGAAGAGAAUCUAAAAUUGCGAUCAGAAAACCAAGUUCUUGGUCAAUAUAUCGAAAGUCUGAUGUCAGCUUCUUCCGUAUUCCAACCAACCAGCCCAAAGACCAAGAGAAAGUAAUGUAGCUCUAGUGAAAGUGUAGACCAGUUUAGUUGAGAAAGCAGCAGCAAUAUUAUUUAUGAUAAUUUUUUGCCGUGUGGAUUGUAUGUAUGAUGAAAAUUUAGUUUACCAUUAUUUUUGCGCUUUCAAAUUACAUAUUUAAUUUGGUCAAUGUUUGCUCAUGUAUGUAAUACUCAUUUUGUGCUCCUCUGAUUUCGAUAACCUUAGAAUACUUAAGCUUAAAUAUUAUUGUGUAAGAUUUAACAGCGUAGUGAAAGAUUGUAUGUAAGUAGUGUGACUGAAAUUUAUAAUUUUUAACCACUAUUUACUAACUAACCACUUAAUUUUGCUAGUUAGUUAUUUAGAUGUUGGACAUACACUUUAGAUAAAAGUAGCGUUUUUGAUACAUGAUAGAUUUCACUCUGAUUUGAAACAGGGGAAGUAAACAUGGAAGUAAGAAGUAGACGAUGACACGCAUUUGGUAGUCUCUCUGGCGAUGCUGGUUGACCUAUGACCUUUGACCCUGACUAUGAUUUCUCUCACUGUUAUAUAUCUGCACCUCAAAAACUCACUACUUUUGAAUCUACACCACCCACACCAAAUUUCUGGACUGAUCUGCUCUCAGAUUCAUAUAUCUUGAUAUCAAGUAAUAGCCUAAUUAUUUAUGUACGUAUGUAUUUAUUAGUAGUUCACUCAGAUUAAUAUGUAUGAUUUGUCAUAGUCAUAAGUGCAGAUAUUAUUAGUUACAUAAAUCAAAAUCAUGUAGUGCACUGUAAUGUGGAACGGAAUCUUGUGCAGUAGUAGUAAUCGUAAUCGUAGCAUCUCGUAAGUAUGUACUUAUCACUAAUUCUCAAAGGUGGAGAAAAUACUUUGUCAAAAUGUAUAGUAUUUUGAGCUUAGUUCUUCCCAGGGUUUGAAUUUCCGGGGCUAUUACACCCACAAAAAGGGGAAAAUCUACGUGGAGAAGACAGCAGUCGUACGAAAAUACAGGUUUUGUGAAGAAAUCAACUUUUUCUCGGAGUCAAAAUACUUUAUUUUUGAAAAACUUGCGAAAACAAUGUAUUUUGACCGCGAUAAAAAGUUAAUUUAUUCACAAAACCUGCAUUUUCGAUUGACUGUUGUAUUCUCCAUGCAGAUUUUCAACUUUUUGUGGGUGCAACAGCCCCGGAAAUCCAAACCCUGGGAAGAACGGAGCUCAAAAUCCUCAUAUUUUGACAAAGUAAUUUAUACAACCCGGCAAUGCACUAGUAAAAAUGUAUAGUCAAAGAUAACAACGGUAGAAGUUAUUGGAAGAAGAAACCUAAUUAAUGUUCAUAAUUAAUUAUUUCCGUAAUUAAUCUGUUACCAAACAAAUCUCUCUAAUUUCUCAUUACGGGUUAUUUAUUACAAGUCAGUUAAACAGUUGAGAUUGUUUUUUUGUACAAUUAUUUUUAUUAUUACUAAAAUUAUGAAGUAUACAUACAUAUAAUUUACAUCCAGCAGAAUUGUUCUUUGUAAAGCCAUGCACACAUUGGCCGCGCGACCGUGGGGACAUUAACAUUGCACGAUAGAGGGGAGGGAAGGGUUUAUGCAACAUGGGGAGUGUAUGGGGACAUCGAACAACUGUGGGGACAUUGUCCCCCAUUUCCGCGGCCAUUGUAUGCAUACAUACAUAAAUUGUACACAUUUGUUCUGCAUGUGUUGCCUAAUUCAUUGCUCGAUUUCAUUAUUCCAUUCCAUGGAACAAUAAAGGUGAAAGUAGCUUUUGUUACUAAAUCAA